CCACGAAAAAUGAACGAAAAGCGAAACCUCCCUCAGGGCGACUCUGGUCCAGGCCACGUGCUUUGGAAAUCUCUCUCUCUCUCUCUCUCUCUCUCUCCUCGCACUAUAUAUUGGCAUUCCUAUGGUUUGCAUUUUGCAGAUUGCAACGUUAAAUUCAAUUUUCAGGCUCAGCUCCUGCAAGUGCAAGCUUAAUUUGCAGGGAAGAAGGAGCCUCUCCUCGUUAUACGGUUAUACCCAAGUCCUCCGCAACGGCAAAAUCAAAUCUUUUCUUUCCAUUUACUUCCGACUUCUUCCUUCUAUUGAUUUGUGCCCACCCACCAACCUCAUAUUAAAUUCAGACCCACCAUUCAGUCUCUUUCCUCUUCUCGAUUGAUUGAUUCACUCAUUCUCUGAUCAUUGAUCGAGGAAUACAAUCGGCAAAAAAAAACCCCUACUGUAGUGGGAUUGAUGGGGAUUUCGUUUUCCUGUCCAUUUUCUGAUCAUGAUGAUUUGGAGAAUGGUAUUGAAUCUGUCAUUGUUAAAUCCAUCAGUUUUGGAGAUGAUGAAUUGAAGACUAUGCUACGAUCCAUCAGCUUCAAUGGCCGAGAUUCAGAACCAGCCAUAAUGAGAUCCAUGGGUUCUGGAAAGAUGAUAUUAGAAGGCUCUAUUAGCUUUAAAAGGAGAGCGUUGGAGACCAUGGUAUCGAUUAAUGCUCCUUCACUGGAUGAGGAAAAGAACAUGCCCAUCUCACCGGUUUGCUCUAAGAGUAAAGAGAUGGAUGAUCAGACCCUAAGUUCAGAUAGCUUUCGGGAGACAAUCCCCCAACUUCCCAUUUCGGAUUCUGGCGACCCGAAGCAUGAGGCUGCCGUGAAGUUGCAGAAAGUGUACAAGAGCUUCCGAACUCGAAGAAAACUGGCAGAUUGUGCAGUUAUUGUUGAGCAGAGCUGGUGGAAGCUAUUGGAUUUUGCUGAACUCAAGCGUAGUUCUGUAUCUUUCUUUGACCUUGAGAAACAUGAGACUGCCAUUUCGCGAUGGUCAAGGGCAAGAACUAGAGCUGCCAAGGUUGGAAAAGGUUUGUCGAAGAAUGACAAAGCUCAGAAACUGGCUUUACAACACUGGCUAGAGGCAAUCGAUCCACGACAUCGUUAUGGACACAAUCUUCACUUCUAUUAUGUUAAAUGGCUACAUAGUCAGAGUAUAGAACCCUUCUUUUACUGGCUGGACAUUGGAGAAGGGAAGGAAGUGAAUCUCGCCGAGAAAUGCCCCCGAUCAAAACUUCAGCAGCAGUGCAUCAAGUAUCUUGGUCCGAUGGAAAGGAAGGCCUAUGAAGUUGUUGUGGUGGAUGGGAAGUUCUUAUACAAGCAAACUGAGGAACUCCUUGACACCACCGGAGAAAGUAGGGAUGCUAAGUGGAUUUUUGUCCUCAGCACAUCUAAAGCCUUAUAUGUUGGCAAGAAGAAGAAAGGCACAUUUCAGCAUUCUAGCUUCUUGGCUGGAGGGGCCACAACUGCAGCUGGGCGAUUAGUUGUUGAAAAUGGCACCCUAAAGGCAGUUUGGCCACACAGUGGGCAUUAUCGGCCAACAAAGGAAAAUUUUAAAGAUUUCAUUUCAUUCCUCGAGGAAAACAAUGUGAACCUUAAAGAUGUAAAGAUGACUCCAGAGGAUGAAGAUAACGUGUCGCUUAGCAAACGAAAAAGCAGUAUUUGCCUAAGAAACAACUCAUCUGAAGACGACCUAAUGAACGAUGCCGAUGGCUUGGCAAUGGAUGAGAUCGAUACCAAAGACUGGACUUUAUUGAAAACUAAUGUGCAAGAGUUUGCUAAUGACUUGGAAUUCCCAGAAGGGGGUAAAUUGUGCAAGAAUGAAAGUCUAAAUGCACGAAGCGGUGACAGUUCCUUAGAAGAAUGCCCAGCAGGCGAUGAUCGAGCAGCAGACGAAACAUUUUCUUCUGAAAAUGAAGAAGAUGACAUCCCAAAAGAAUCAAUUCUCAAUAGGAUCAAUUCCCAAAAGAGAAUGAACUCAUUUCAACUGGGCAAGAAGUUAUCUCGCACAUGGACAUCCGGAGCUGGACCUCGGAUAAGCUGUGUGAGGGACUAUCCAUCGGAGCUCCAAUCUCAUGCUUUGGAGCAAGUGAACUUAUCACCGAGAAGUGCCAGCUGUUCUAGAUCAGAUCACUCAUGGAGCACAAGUUGGCUGAGUCCAGAGGUGUCCACACCAACCAGAACCAGUUCUUGUGGAGAAACAGCAAGGAUUGCCAGCUCAACUGAUGAGAAUCUGUCUCAAAGAGGCAUGUGGCAUUUUAGAACACAGUCAUCUCCAUUGAGUAGAGCAACAUCAGUCCCUGCAACUACUAAUCAAUUAUGAACAAGGGUAGAUACUUUUUGACCAAUUUUAUUUUAUUUUUUGUGAAUAGGAAAGAUGAUAUAGGAAUUCUUUAAAGAUGACAUAGGAAUUCUUUGGCAUUCUUUUCUAUUCUACCAAUAAAUUUUUUUCACUGUUCAUCUUGUACAAUAUGAGGUGAAACUUGUAAAAUUUUGUGGGCUGAUAGAUCUUUCUGUAUAGAAGAAGAACUCCAUUUAUUUUUUGAGGUGCUAAGCACCAAGCCAAUAAAACAUGGUAUGGUCAUUGCUGGUACCAAA